AUGAAAUUGGAUUAGCCCAACUUGUUCUCAUAUAAAAGCAGUUUGAAAACAAAAACAGGACACUUGUGAAGUUAUGUUCUUCAUCUCUCGAGCCAGAGAAAAUGGCUUCUACCGUACCUUCUUCUCCAAGCCCCUCUCUUUCUCCACUACCUCCGUAUUCCACCUGAAGAAAACUCAUGAUCAUGUUCUUGACCCUCGAGUAGAAGAAGAUGCACUAGAAGAAGAAGACCGUCGACGCAGCGUAACCGACAGAGCUUACUGGAGAAGACGCAUACACAAUCUCUGCACCCUACGUAAAAGCCCCGACGAGGCUCUUCGAAUCAUCGACGGCCUCUGCCUCCGCGGAUACCGCCCCGACUCGCUUAACCUCAGCAGCGUGAUCCACUCUCUCUGCGACGCCGGAAGAUUCGAGGAAGCUCACCGUCGCUGUCUCCUCUUCGUCGCUUCGGGGUUCAUCCCCGACGAACGUACCUGCAACGUCAUCAUCGCGAGGCUGCUCGAUUCGGGGGAUCCGGUGAGCACGUUGAGGGUUGUGCAUCGUUUGAUCGGUGUCAAGAGAGAGUUCGUGCCGUCGUUGACGAAUUAUAAUCGUUUGAUUAAUCAGAUGUGUUUGAUGUGUAGAGUGAGGGAUGCGCAUAAGCUUGUGUUUGAGAUGAGGAGCAGAGGGCAUAGACCCAAUGUUGUGACGUACACGACUCUGAUCCGUGGGUACUGUGAGAUUCGUGAGAUUGAAGUUGCGCAUAAGGUGUUCGACGAAAUGCGUGCGUGUGGCGUGAGGCCUAACUGUCUCACGCUGAGUGUUCUUAUUGGUGGGUUUUUGAAAAGGAGAGAUCUUGAAGCAGGGAGGAAGAUGAUGGAGGAGCUUUGGGGAGAGAUGAAGGAUGAGACUGAUGCAUCAGUGAAGUCAGCAGCUUUUGCGAAUCUGGUUGAUUCUUUGUGCAGGGAAGGUUAUUUCAACGACGUUUUCGAGAUUGCAGAGGAUAUGCCACAGUGUGAGUCCGUGAACGUUGAGUUUGCUUACGGGCAUAUGAUGGAUUCGUUGUGUCGAUAUAAGAGGAACCAUGGAGCUGCGAGGAUUGUUUAUAUCAUGAAGUGUAAAGGGUUAAAGCCUAUAAGCACGUCUUACAAUGCUAUUAUUCAUGGGUUGUGCAAGGAUGAUGGGUGUAUGAGAGGUUAUCAGUUGCUAGAAGAGGGAUCUGAGUUUGGUUUCUUCCCGUCUGAGUAUACUUAUAAGCUCUUAGUAGAGAGUUUAUGUAAGGAGCAUGACACUGGUAAGGCGAGGAAUGUUCUAGAGCUGAUGUUGAGAAAAGAAGGAACAGAUAGAAAUAGAAUCUAUAAUAUCUACCUACGUGCUCUCUGCGUAGUGGAUAAUCCGACAGAGAUCCUGAAUGUUCUGGUCAGUAUGCUUCAGGGAGACUGUAGGCCCGAUGAGUAUACACUUAACACAGUCAUUGAUGGGUUUUGCAAGAUGGGUAGAGUGGAUGACGCCAUGAAAGUUCUUGGCGAUAUGAUGACAGGGAAGUUCUGCGCACCUGAUGCUGUGACUUUAACUACUGUUAUGUGUGGCUUGCUUACUCAAGGAAGAGCAGAAGAAGCUCUUGAUGUGUUGAAUCGAGUUAUGCCAGAGAACGGGUUUAAGCCAAGUGUUGUUACAUACAACGCUGUUAUGCGUGGAUUGUUCAAGCUCCGUAAGGGAGAUGAAGCUAUGCGUGUGUUUGAUCAGAUGUCGAAGGCGGGUGUGAUCGCAGAUAAUACUACAUAUGCUAUUAUCAUUGACGGGUUGUGUGUGACUGGUCAGGUGGAUACGGCGAAGAGGUUCUGGGACGAUGUGAUAUGGCCAUCGGGCAGACAUGAUGCGUAUGUGUAUUCAGCAUUUCUGAAAGGUCUUUGUCGGUUUGGUAGUCUAAGUGAUGCUUGCCAUUUCCUAUACGAACUGGCGGAUUCUGGAGCGGUUCCUAAUGUCGUGUGCUAUAACAUUGUGAUUGAUGAAUGUAGCAGAAGUGGGUUGAGGAGAGAGGCGUACCAGAUUAUAGAGGAGAUGAGGAAGAACGGUCAAGCUUCUGAUGCUGUCACAUGGCGGAUACUAGAUAAACUACAUGAUUCCAGAGCUUUAGCAGUGGAAGGAGAGUAAUCUUCAAACUCCGCAAAACUACAUGUUUUUGGCAUAUUGCUUUUUUGAUUUUAUGAUCGCUGGUAGAAAGUAAAGCUCUGUAUGUGAAAUUAGAAAGUAUAAAGGAAGUGGCCUAGUUUGUGAGUUC